AUGGGUCUCACCCCCCAGCUGACUGCUGCUCUGUUCUGCCUACUAGCAUGUACUGGCAAUCUUGUCCACGGAUGCAACCGUUCCUUAACAGAGAUCAUCCAAACUUUGAAUACACUCUCAGAGAAAAAAAACACAACAGAGAAGGAACUCCUGUGCAGGGCUACAGCUGUACUUCGGCAGAUGUAUAACCCCCAGAGCAAGGUGACUCAGUGCUUGACUGGGCACAAGGACCGGGAUGUCCUCUCUCGCCUGAAACAACUCUACAGGAUCUUACACAGCAUGGUUCAAUCGAAAAACUGUCCUGUGAAUGAAUCCAUGCAGACCACUCUGAAAAACUUCUUGGAAAGCCUAAAAAGGAUCAUGCAGAAGAAAUAUUCACAGUGUGGAAGCUUAUUGUCUUAA